CGGCCGUUACCCGGAAGAGCUCAGUAGACGGCUGACCCCUCCCUUUCCUCUAGCAGCCAGCGGUGAAAAUGGCAAAGAUCAAGGCCCGAGACCUGCGCGGUAAGAAAAAGGAGGAGCUGCUGAAACAGCUGGAUGACUUAAAAGUUGAACUUUCCCAGCUCAGAGUAGCCAAGGUGACUGGAGGUGCUGCUUCCAAGCUGUCAAAGAUCCGUGUUGUCCGCAAAUCCAUUGCUAGAGUCCUGACUGUGAUCAACCAGACACAAAAGGAAAAUCUGAGGAAGUUUUACAAGGGAAAGAAGUACAAGCCUUUGGAUUUGAGGCCAAAGAAGACUAGGGCUCUCAGACGUAGGCUGAACAAGCACGAAGAAUCCCUACGGACAAGAAAACAGCAAAGAAAAGACCGUCUUUACGCGGUGCGCAAAUUUGCAGUUAAGGCAUAAGUCACUCAUGCUCUGAUUAAAAAAUUUUUUUUGUCUAUUCACUCUGUGUUGGUGUGUGCUUUGAGAGUGGUUUAAAGGGUAACUGUUAUAUCUAAAACAACUUCCAGCCCACAGUUGCGAUUGCGUAUGCAACUCACUAGCUGGCACUGGCUAUGGAGUGACAUGACUUCACUCUGUUCAGACACUGGCACGCUGACUUGUUUAGUGUCAUGGAGGUUUGCCCUGUGUGGGGAAGUGUCCACAAGCAGGCCAAAUCAAAGAGCUAAGGAGGAGUGCAGAAAAAGGGUAACACCAUGUGUUGCGUUGAUAAAAUUUAAUGCUUUAUUAGGGUACUUAACCAAUAAAAACAUAAGAGAUUUUGGUCUGUGGGCUUUUCUCCUGUAUGAAAACUAAAAUAAAUGCAAUGCCUUUAUUUGCUUCUCUCAAGGGUUCUUCCAACCAUGCGAUCUAAACCUAUGACCUGUGGCAUAUGACAUGAGAAGAAAAACAUGGCAACAUUUGAACAAGCAAUGGGAAAAUUACUAGUCUGAACAGGGAAUAUGAUAAACAAGUCUAAAUUGUUCCCAGGCAUAUAAAGACAUUAUUUUGUCAAUUGGUAUAUCGCUUGCUCCCAGCUAAAGUCUAAACACUUCUAUUUCCAAAGAGACUUGCUUCUUACAAAAAUUUCGAUUUUAUGGACAUUACAAUGUUUGCUUAUUCCUGUA